GGGCUCUGAGGUUAUAGGUAAUAGGACGGGCUCUCCGUUUCACUGUGACAUGAAACGAGUAGCCUGAUUGCAGCCAUAGCAACGCCACUGGUGCUGUAUCCUAAAGUGGUUUCCACUGGAUACAAUAGGCUGGGGCUGCUUUGAACUCGUCGCCGCCCAGCCACGCAAAGGUUCCGAAGGCGCGCACUCUAUUCCCUGGCGCUGUCAUGGACGAGGCUGAGGAUGGAGAAGAUGAGUCCAAAUUCCAGCAGCCUUUAUUGUGCGGAACCGGCUCCGUUGGUGGCGGAGGCGAUAGGAACGGUCUAAGUUUGAAGAUGAAGCAAUUUACGCCAGGAGGGGGAGCAUCAUCAACAGCGCGCAAGAACUCCAACAAUGAGCUGUGGUUCAUGCAAGGCGAAGAGUCCGCACCUUGUGCUCCUACAGGCGCCACAAGCUGUGCUCUGUUAUGCCAGGGAGAUGCUACUGCCCGUGGCGGCUCAUACUAUAGGGCUGGAGGGGACUUAGCCCCAGGGUCAGCGGUAACUGGGUUGGCUACUUGUUGGACAGGUGAAGGCACUACCGGUGUGAUAUGCAACAACAACGGAGAUUGCAGAAGGGACCCCAACAUUUCAGGGAGCCUGUCCUCCAUCGUCUCUAGGCAGGAGAAACAGACCGGUGGAAUAGUUGCAGCGGACAACGGGAAAAGGCCAACUAGAUGUAAUUCCAGAGUCGCCAGCAUGGACGGUUCGAUCACCUCAGUACAGGGGCAAGGGCCCGAGGUGGCCGGGGCCACAACUACUGGCAAUGAGAAAAAGGACUCCAGAGUUUCCUUCUCAAGUGCCCCUAAUAGAAAAGCAUCGUCCUCUGUGCAGAACCAACAGAACAGGAAUUCUCUCGCAUUUUUUAAAUCUGAGGAUGGACCCCAGAUUGUGCCAGAUGAUGGGGAACCGCAGGACAAUCGGACUUAUAUGCAGCGCCAAUUUAGUUCCAUGCUUCAGCCUGGAGUUAAUAAAUUUUCCCUGCGUAUGUUUGGGAGCCAAAAAGCGGUGGAAAAGGAACAGGAGCGCGUCCAAUCGGCCGGUAAUUGGAUUAUUCAUCCAUACAGCGAUUUCAGGUUCUACUGGGAUUUCACCAUGCUGAUGUUCAUGGUGGGCAACCUCAUCAUCAUCCCCGUUGGGAUCACCUUCUUCAAGGACGAGACCACCGCGCCCUGGAUCAUCUUCAACGUGGUCUCUGACACCUUCUUCCUCAUGGACCUGGUCCUCAACUUCCGCACAGGCAUUGUAUUUGAGGACAACACCGAGAUCAUCCUGGACCCCAGGAAGAUCAAGAGGACGUACCUGAAGACCUGGUUCUUGGUGGACUUUGUCUCCUCCAUCCCUGUGGAUUAUAUCUUCCUGAUCGUUGAGAAGGGGAUCGACUCUGAGUUGUAUAAGACGGCCAGAGCCCUGAGGAUCCUACGCUUUACCAAGAUCCUCAGUCUGCUGAGGCUGCUCAGGCUGUCCAGGCUAAUCCGCUACAUCCACCAAUGGGAAGAGAUCUUCCAUAUGACCUAUGACCUGGCCAGUGCAGUGAUGCGUAUCUUCAACCUGAUCGGUAUGAUGCUGCUGCUGUGUCACUGGGAUGGCUGUUUGCAGUUCCUGGUUCCCAUGCUGCAGGACUUCCCCCAGGACUGUUGGGUCUCUCUCAACAAGAUGGUGAACGACUCGUGGAGCGAGCUGUACUCCUUUGCCCUGUUCAAGGCCAUGAGUCACAUGCUGUGUAUCGGUUACGGGCGCCAAGCCCCAGAGAGCAUGUCUGAUAUCUGGCUGACCAUGCUCAGUAUGAUCGUGGGCGCCACCUGCUAUGCCAUGUUCAUUGGCCAUGCCACCGCCCUCAUCCAGUCCCUGGACUCAUCCCGGCGCCAGUACCAGGAGAAGUACAAACAAGUGGAGCAGUACAUGUCUUUCCACAAACUGCCAGCUGACUUCCGACAGAAAAUCCAUGACUACUAUGAACACAGAUACCAGGGCAAGAUGUUUGAUGAGGAGAGCAUUCUGGAGGAGCUUAAUGAACCACUGCGGGAGGAAAUUGUCAACUUCAACUGCCGUAAGCUGGUGGCAUCCAUGCCCCUGUUUGCCAAUGCCGACCCCAACUUUGUGACAGCCAUGUUGACCAAGCUCCGCUUCGAGGUCUUCCAGCCCGGAGAUUACAUCAUCAGGGAGGGCACCAUCGGCAAGAAGAUGUACUUCAUCCAACAUGGUGUGACCAGCGUGUUGACCAAAGGAACUAUGGGCAUGAAGCUUUCUGAUGGAUCCUACUUUGGAGAGAUCUGUCUGUUGACCCGAGGCAGACGGACGGCCAGUGUGCGGGCGGACACGUACUGCCGUCUCUACUCCCUGUCUGUGGAUAACUUCAAUGAGGUGCUGGAGGAGUACCCCAUGAUGAGACGAGCCUUCGAGACUGUGGCCAUCGACCGACUGGACCGGAUAGGGAAGAAGAACUCAAUCCUAAUGCACAAGGUUCAGCAUGACCUCAACUCAGGUGUCUUCAACAACCGAGAGAAUGAAAUUAUCCAAGAGAUUGUGAAAUAUGACCGUGAGAUGGUGCAGCAGGUGGACAUGCAGAGGCCUCGUGCCAUGUCCAUGUCCAACCCCCCCACGCAUGGGGGUAUCUUCGCUCCUCCAGCCCCACCUCAGAGCUCAGCCAUCGCCACCCUCCAGCAGGCUGUGGCUAUGAGCUUCUGUCCCCCCAUGGCAGGCCCCCUGGUAGGGGCCGGGGCCCUGCAGUCACCUCGGAUGGUACGGAGGUUCCAGGUGAUGCAGAGCAUGUCAGCCUCCCCUCCUCCCCAGACUGAGCAGACCAUGCAGCCCCAGCUACACGCCGGUGGUGCCUUCGCCUCCGCCCUCUCGAGCCCCCCCAUCCAGAGCCCCCUAGCUGCUGGGGGACGGACAUUCCAGUACGGCCACUCUUCUGGCUCCCAGCUCUCCCUGGUCCAGCAGAUCGUACCCAGCCCCCCACACCGGCCCAACACUCAUAACAGCACCCGCUCUCUGCACAUUGGCAGUCUGAGUCAGGACGCCAGGGCACUGUCUGCCUCUCAGCCCUCUCUGCCCCAGGGAGGGGCUCAACCCGUGGCCCCGAGCCCAUCACAGUCCAACCGUGUUUCCUCAACCUCCAUUGGGCCACCUCAGACCCCCCCGGGCUCUGUGGGGCUCAGGAGCGCUGUGACUCAUAGGAUGGUGCUGCCCCACCAGAUGUCUGUGGGGGCGUUUCCUCUAGCCUCCCUCCCGGGGACUCUGACAUCGCUGGGGACAGGCAUGGGUGCGGGUAUGGGAAUCGGCAUGGGAGUGGGCAUGGGAUCAGUCUUGGCGCCAGCCCUUCCGGACUCGGGUUUACCCAAAAAGGACUCCAAAGCCAGCCACCCUGAGACAGACCAUGUCAGAUCGAGGCUAUCUUCCAAUUUGUGACCUUUAUUAGAUUUCUGCAGAGCCAGGAGUUUUUGGUUGUGGGAACUGUGGAAGGUUUCGUCCUUAGACCCCAUAAUCUCUCCCUGUCACACGGGUCUGAAUAUGACUAUAAGAAUGUAUGCUGUGGGACCUUGGAGAGGGAGACCGUAGCUGGAAGACAAUGUAUGACUAACAAUAUAGUUAUUAUCAGAGGUGGGAUGUUUCUACUCCACCCACAGACAUAGAUUGUAGAUACCGGCCGUACGUAGUAGUAGCACCUUCUCCCCACAUCUCUCCUUUAUUUACUCUCUUUACUGUAACCAUAUUCAACAUAAAUAGCACGCAUCUCUCACCCAUUAUCUAUAUAGUCGAACAAUACAAACUGGCAGGGACAAGAAGAAAAUCAGGAACCUGCUUCAGAUGACAAUGAUGACAUCAACGCUUUGCAGAAGUUCUUCUGGGAUUUCAUCUUUUCUCUACGGACUGGUUUUAACAAAAGUUCUACUCAUGUCACUGUAAUAUUGUUUCAGAAAACAAGAAAAUGUUUUUUUUAGACCAUGUCUUAAAUUAUUGUUUUUUUUGUGUUUUUUUUUUUACAGG